AUGCAGCAGGAGCAGGAGGAGCAUCUCCAUGCCCAGCCUCAGGCCCAAAAUCAAGCCCAGACUCAGGAGCAACGCUCCAGGGAGGUGGCGGGCCUGUCCCCGACGAUGGUGGACUCCUCGACCGAGGCCGACGGACCCGCGGACCCUUCGACCGGCCUGCCGAAUCUGACCCUCCAGAGCGUGGCUUUGGGCCUGCAAGGGGCCCUAUUGGCGGCUCUCCAGAGGGCUGCCCUCCUGCCCCCUGGCCACGCCGCCGCCGCGGCCCUCAACCUUCAGGCCCUGGAGACUUAUCUCACUCUCCACCGGCUGCACGCCAGCAGUGCCGGGACCUCAUCCUCGGGCCCCAGGCUCGCCUCUGUCACCUUCGCCUCCACCUCGCCCGCGACGGCCCCGAAGGUCGACCACCUCCCCGCCGAGGUCUUCCCGUCUCCCUUGGACGACGACGAUGGGUCCCAUCUUGACUUUGGCGUGGCCAACCCCGAGGAGGACCUGGCCCUCCUCGAGGAGGAGGAGGCCCUCCUCAGGGACGCCUCUGCUUCCGCUACCUCGACCUCGGCCAACCUGGCUGACCAGGACGCUCUUCUGCAGCGGAUAGCGGAGAGCGCGCCGCAGGCCCCGUCGGGCCCCGUCGCGGCGGCCGGUCAGGCCCAAACCGCCCUGACCAACAACCUGCGGCCCGCCGGUCCCGUCGCCGAAUCCGCCAGGUCCUGCAGGGCUUCUAGGCCUAAGAAACAGUUCAUUUGUAAAUUUUGCAACCGACAGUUCACCAAGAGCUACAACCUCCUCAUCCACGAGAGGACCCACACCGACGAGAGGCCCUACUCCUGCGACAUCUGCGGGAAGGCCUUCAGGAGGCAGGACCAUCUCAGAGAUCACAGGUACAUCCACAGCAAGGAGAAACCGUUCAAAUGUGCCGAGUGCGGCAAAGGGUUCUGCCAGAGUCGGACCCUGGCGGUGCACAAGAUCCUCCACAUGGAGGAAUCCCCCCACAAGUGUCCUGUCUGCGCGAGGAGCUUCAACCAGAGGAGCAACCUGAAGACCCACCUGUUGACCCACACGGACAUCAAGCCGUACCACUGCGCCUCCUGUGGGAAGGUGUUCCGCAGGAACUGCGACCUGAGGAGGCACUCGCUCACCCACAACCUGGGGAUGGCAUCCUCACCGCCGUCGCCAGGGAUCCCCGUACCUGGAACGAGCACCGCCGUUCUCCAGGAGACCUCCUAG